AGCCAAUCCGUAAGCGAAGGACCGGGCUAGAGUCAGCUGGUGAAAUCACCUGACUCCAGCCUAGAGCCGGAAGCUACCUAUUCGGUAGACUGCUUACCGUGCACCUACGGCUGCGAUGACUUCCGCACUGACCCAAGGGCUCGAGCGAAUCCCAGACCAGCUUGGCUACCUGGUGCUGAGCGAAGGUGCAGUGCUGGCGGUGCGUUGUGGGAAAGCAAGCACAGAAUAUAGGUCCAAUAUACAGAUGGAGACACUGAGAGCAAAAGAACUAAACCUAGUAAAGGGCCCAUCUAGAAGAGGUGGGAAGAGGAAGUGGAAACAGUCUAUUCUACGGUCCAGAGGAAGUCUGGACUACUGUCUUCUCAUGUGCCCAAGGAGUAGCCAGAGGGAAAACGUUCAAGACAAAUCAUCAGGGGACCUUGAGAAUGAUGAGCAAGCAGCCAGUGCCAUCUCAGAGCUGGUCAGCACAGCCUGUGGCUUCCGGCUGCACCAUGGCACGAACAUCCCUUUCAAACGCCUGUCUGUGGUCUUUGGUGAACACACGCUGCUGGUGACUGUGUCAGGACAGAGGGUGUUUGUGGUAAAGAGGCAGAACCGAGGUCGGGAACCUAUUGAUGUCUGAGCUGUACAAGGCACUGGCUGGAGAAAAGGCCUGCCUCUGGGGCCUGUGGCGGGGCACACCAUCUUCGACUGUUCUUGCUGGAGCUGGGCUUGUGCUCACUGCCUCCUUCCUGACCCCACCCGAGGCACAAGGCUUAGUGACUUCUACACUAAGGGACAAGGGAAACUAUGACUAGAGGGAUCCCCUUUCUUCCCUUCUGCGUAAUAAAUCUAGUCCAACCCUUCCAGGGCUCA